AUGUCGCCCUGCUUCCCUCCGCCAAGGCACGACGGCCAGGCCCGUUUCUCGGGGUCGCCGGACGUGGGCGCGUUCGCGCCGUCCACACCGCGCCCCGCAGCCGUCAUCGACCUUAACGUCACGCCUGGGUCUAGCAGCGGUGGGCGGCCGUCCGUCGAGAUGCCAAGAAAGCAGGCACGGGCAUCGUUCACGGGCACCAUGCCGGCCCCCCGCGUCUUGUUUGAUGAAAUGCCAACCCCAACGCCAGCGGUCGACGACCCCUUCUACAACCGCUACAUGGAGGACGUGAUCUUCGACGGUGGGCAUGGUCGUGCCUACGACCCCGAUGAGACCCAAAGUCAGGAUGGCCGCGCCGAGUACGGCCCCGAUGAAGGUGGGCACGACCGUGCUGACUAUGACCAUGCUAGAUUGCCACCCCGAAGUACCCUGAUCCAAACGUUUCCUCGCUCAACAAAGCCCAGCUCCUCUGCUUCCUCCUACACACACCCGACGCGCAGCUCCUCUGCUCUCGCAACCCUAGCUACGUCGCCGGCCGGCCGCCGCGCCGCCACGCCGCCCCUCGCAUCUCCGCCUCGUCCCGCGGGUCUCCUUCCAUCGCCGCUCGCAGCCACCGCCGGAAGUCCCCGCGGGGUCAUCUCCUGCAUCGGCCGCCACCCCUCUCUGUUGGUCGCCGCCGGCAGCGCACCAACUACUCCUGAACGGGCCUGCAGAUCCUCGCCAGAGAAUCCCUUCCCCCAAGUGAAGAAAUACAACGGAGAUGAUGAUAGAAUCAGCACCUUGCCCAGCGACAUUCUGGUCAACAUUCUUGACCGACUCAAUGUCCGUGAAGCUGCGAGAACCAGCAUCCUCUCCAUACGGUGGAGUCAGCUCUCUUGCAAGCUCCCCCGGCUUAUCAUAAAUGCUCAGCCUGAUGGUGUCUCUCGCUCCAACUCCAACAUCUCUGAUGCUGACUUGGUUCGGAUCAAUGCAGCUGCUGUUGAAGCGACAAAGAGCUUACUCACCCGCAGAUGUCCAGGGGAAGACACCAUCCGCCUCCUGUCCACCACCUUCUACUUGAGAGGUGAUGUCCCCAUAUCCAUUGGACAUGCUGUUGGCAGCGCCAUGACGACACACAAGAUUGAGAACGCUGAAUUCACAGUUUUGACAGUGAAGAAUCGCCUACAGUGCACUCUUGAUGAUGUGUUGAACCACGGGGCACAGUUUGUGUCAUUUUUUAAUGAGUGUCUGAAUGCUUUUACUGGUUUGACGCGCCUCUACAUGGAGAAUUUGAGAUUUGUUGAUUCUGACUUCGUCUCCAACAUCUUCGUCACUUGCAAGCGAUUAAAAUAUUUAGGUUUUCUCAAUUGCGACACACAGAAGCGUUUAACACUCCAGGUUGAACACGCUCAACUCACUGAGCUCAGUAUGCUCAACUGCCGUUUUUACAAAGUCGAACUCAAGUGGCUCCCAAGACUCACCCGGACAACGUUCACAUGUUGGAUGACUUUCGAAGAACUACCACUGUCAUUUGGUCAUGUCCCACUGCUCGAGUUUUUGAAUCUCACAAAUAUUGGUCUUAGUCGGCACAAAAUGGUCAUGUUAAGUACAUUACUUUGUGAGACACACAUACAAGAACUGCGGUUGGGGUUUAAAUGCGAAAAGAUUUGGGUUCAACCGGAGUGUCUGAGCGAAAGGCUGGCAUCUGCGUUACACAGACUAAGGAUUGUCAGUCUAGUUUGCAUUCCUGAAGGGUCUGAUCUCAAGUGGACAAAUUUCAUUCUGGAAGCUGCGCCAUCACUUGAAGAGUUGUACAUGUCGGUAAUUGAUCAUCCGUGUGAAAUGAUAAUUGAUCCGAAAAGGAGGAUGGAACUCUUGCUUAGCGAGAACAAGGGCGUCGAGUGGGAAUCACCUAGACCACAUUUCAAGCACCGCCGCCUUGCCAAGCUCGUCAUCUUUUGCUUUGUAAAUUACAUGGUGAGUUAUGUAAGGCGUGUCAUGAAAGCAGCGGUGAAUCUGAAGGAUGUGUACCUGUAUGAUAGACUGGCAUGUAGCAAGUGCAAACACAUGGCCGUUUUUAAGCCUGGUAGGCUUCCACGGGCAAAGAAGAAGUUGGAAGCGAUGAAGAAGCUGUUGGCCCAGGGCAUCGAGUCAGCUCCCAGAAUUCACUUGCAGACCCAUUCUGAAAUGGACGCUGACCAUGCUGCAAGGGUUAAAGACUACUUAUGUUCAUGAAGAUAGCUGAAGGCUUUCAGGAAGUUCAUGUAAUAAAGGUCGGUUGGAGUAACUCUAUGACUUGUCUGGCUCUUGUUUGAUCUGCUUUUCUUUACUCAGAAGUCAGAACCACUUGGAUGUAGAAAAAUAAGAAUUACUCAAUCCUGUUGUAGGUAAGUAAAUUUUAGGACCAGGUUUGAAUUGGAUUUUGAUGCUAUGAUGUGUUAUUGUUUAUAUAUGAUUGUCUUGGUGAUGAGCGCAUCAGUUGAUA